AUGAGCCAAACGGAACCACUCGAUCUGUCUACGAAGAAAUCAAGAGCAAUUGAUUUUAAGAUCCUAUCCGGUCUCAACCGGCAUUUACUUAGACUGUACGAGAAAACGAAUAUGGUGGAAAAGGUCCCGGGUUGUAAAUCCAAAAGUAUUCUCCCUUGUGAGGUUUGCUUCAAGAGUUUUGAUCGCCCGUCGCUGUUGAAACGACACAUGAGAACACAUACAGGUGAGAAGCCUCACGUUUGCAACAUUUGCGGUAAAGGCUUCAGCACAUCCAGUUCUCUAAACACACAUCGUAGGAUCCACACCGGUGAAAAGCCACACAAAUGUCCGGAAUGUGGUAAAUGUUUCACGGCAAGCUCAAAUCUGUACUAUCAUAGAAUGACACAUACUAAGAAUAAGCCACACAAGUGCGCCUGGUGUCCCCGCUCCUUUCCAACGCCCGGAGAAUUACGGGCUCACCUCUUAAGUCACGGCGGUCGACAAAUCGGCCGACCAGUCGACAAACAGAUCCACGCUGAUCUAUGGCCUGUACUUUCUUCACUUAAGAGCCUACAUAGCUUUCAAUAUAAUUGA